CUUUUUUUCUCAUACAAGAGCACCUACCCCUAACUCUAAAAGCCUAUCUACUAAAACUCUCUACAGACAUGGCCAACUUCUCCUCCACCAUUUUCAUUCUUUCCCUUCUCCUUGUUGCCACAUUCACUGCUGCUUGUGGUCCAUGUAGUGAACCAAUCAAGCCAAAGCCAUCACCAAAGAAGGCAGCCCCAGCCAAUCCUUUUUGCCCAAGGGACACAUUGAAGCUUGGUGUCUGUGCUGAUGUACUUGGGCUGGUUAAUGUAGCAGUCGGGAGCCAAGUGACAAGUCCUUGUUGCUCAUUGCUUCAAGGUUUGGCUGAUUUGGAAGUUGCAGCUUGCCUUUGCACUGCAAUUAAGGCUAAUGUGCUUGGAAUUGUCAAAUUGGAUAUCCCUGUUGCACUUAGUGCUUUGGUUAGUGCUUGUGCUAAGACUAUUCCCACAGGUUUCAAGUGUAAUUAGAGAGAGGGAAAUGCAUCAAGAUUUCAAGAUUUGCUUGCUUGGCUAGCUAGUCUUGUUUUUUUUUUUAAUCCUUAUUGCUGAAUCAUAAUUGGGUUGUAAAAUGAUGUUUGUGUUGUGAUUUAUCUUUGUAUUUGCCUGAUUUGUUAUCAAUGUAGGUUCCCUUUUGUUUUUCAUGGUAAAUGCUUUUUUUUUGGUUGUGUGUAAAAUAAUUUGUAAUUUGUGCUAAUAAGUAGGUGAAACAUUAUUCGCCUUGUGAGGUUUUCUUUGUAUGAAAAUUUUAAGUUCAUUGCA